AGAGACCGUCGUCAUGUAACAAUACCAUGUAAGUAGGAUUUCACGAGACAUACUGACAUGUACACAUGUCAAGGUCCAUGGCAACUGAGUUAACAUGGCUGGUGUGACUUUUGUAUUUCGAUGCCGAAAGUGCCGGGAAUAUGUUUUAGAUUCUCAAUGUGUUGUUACUAUACAUGGACAGCAGUAUCCUGUGUCUUAUGUUGUAGGUGGAGCUACCAUGAUGCCAUCUGACGAUUCCUGUACAGAUGUUGCCAUGGAAACUGUAUGGUACAUCAAUGAAGAAUCUGCUCCAGCCUGGAUAUUGAAGGCUAUUAAAACAGCCUUAUGGACCAAAGGCAAGUUACAUUGCCCAAAGUGUGGAGGUCGUCUCGGAUCAUUUAAUUUUACGAAGACAGUGAAAUGUGCAUGUGCAGAGUUCACAGUUCCUCCUGUCCACAUACUACAGGGUCGUGUUGACCUUAUUACACCGCCUGUUACACAGGUCUCAGAGCAAGGAAGAAUGAGAGGUGAAGAUACAGAGCAAAAUCAUGACAUGUUAAGUGAGGAAAGGAAUGUAAUCAACAAGGGAGAUAACCCACAGCUGACUGCGAAUCCACAACAACAACCACAUGGAGGAAGAAGUCUGUCUCACAAAGUCACAAAACCUGAGGCAUGUUCAGAGUCAAGUCAGGGUAUAAACUCAGGGCCAGGUCAGGGUCAUAACUUGUUACAUGACAGUCAGAGCCAUAUCUCAGCAUCAGAUCAGGAAUUUUACUUGUUACCUGUAGGUCAAGGUCAAAGCUCAGUGUCAGAUCAGGGUCAUAACUUGUUAUCUGAAGGUCAAGGUCAUAAGUCAGUGGCAGAUCAGGGUGUUUACUUGUUAUCCAAAGGUCAAGGUCAUAGCUUGGUGUCAGAUCAGAGUCAUAACUUGUUACCAGAAGGUCAAGGUCAUACUUUGGUGUCAGAUCAGGAUCAUAACUUAUUACCUGAAGGUCAAGGUCAUAGCUCAGUGUCAGAUCAGGAACAUAACUUCUUACCUGAAGGUCAAGGUCAUACUUUGUUGUCAGAUCAGGAACAUAACUUGUUACCUGAAGGUCAAGGUCAUACUUUGGUGUCAGAGCAGGAUCAUAACUUAUUACCUGAAGGUCAAGGUCAUAGCUCAGUGUCAGAUCAGGAACAUAACUUCUUACCUGAAGGUCAAGGUCAUACUUUGGUGUCUGAUCAGGAACAUAACUUCUUACCUGAAGGUCAAGGUCAUACUUUGUUGUCAGAUCAGGAACAUAACUUGUUACCUGAAGGUCAAGGUCAUACUUUGGUGUCAGAUCAGGAACAUAACUUGUUAUCUGAAAGUCAAGGCCAUACUUUGGUGUCAGAUCAGGGACAUAACUUGUUGUCUGUAGAUCUAGGUCUCUUGGAGAUUUCUGAUGACCCAGGUCCCAGUACCACAGAGGGUUCUGAGGGCAGCCAGAGACAUAAGAAAUCUUCAGGAAGGUUCAACCAUAAAAAUGGUCACAGACGAGGAAAACGAAACAGUGCAGCCUCGCGAGCUGAUCAUGAAGAGAAUGAGGAUGUUGACCCAGUAUUUCCAGAGGAACACACCUGUCCAAUAUGCUUUGACUUGUACUGUCAUCCAAUGAGAACCAGCCCAUGUGGCCAUAUUUUCUGUGAAAUGUGUCUGCGGCGCUUGGCGAAGACAAAACCAGUGAAGACACCCUGUCCUCUGUGUAGACAGGUCAUUGUCAAAUGUCAUGCUGAAGAAAAGUUUGCCCGAGAUCUGAAGACUCAGUAUACUGGACUCUACAAGAAACGUCAAAGUAUGGAGCGGAAAUUCCAUAACAACUCUUUCCAUAGACUUCCUGAGAUAAACUCAUCUGUGUUGAGGUUGCCUGACAGAUUAGGUCAGGAUCCGUGGCAACCAGUCCGGCAAAGAAACAAUGACUGGAUGAGAAUGCUCCUGCCCUCAGUCCAUAACAUUCAUAUGUAUGUUACAUUACUUGUGAUAGUGUUGUUAAACACAUUACAAAGACAUCGUACAGUGGUUUUAAUGGCCUGCCUUUUUCUCCUCACGUGCCUUGCUGUGCCUGUACUUGUUUUCCUCUCCAAUGCUGUCAGGGUGAUUGGUUCUCUGUCACAGGUUCUAGGCCAGGCUGUAGUGGAGCAUGGAGGCAGUAUGGUAAUAUCACCUUCUGUGGAAGCUUUCCAGUCCGACUCGACACAAAACUUGUUACCUACGAGUGUCAGAAUUCGUGCUCUGACGGCAAAUUUCUUCCUCAUCGUCAUUGUAGUCCUUGUUUGUCGUUAUGUCUUCUUCCGUCGGGUAAUGAUCCAACUUGGUCGAAAUGUGUAGAUAUUUUGUAUUCUAGUACAGUGACUACACUGACACAUACUACUGUAGGACGGAGAUCCUUUAUCUAUUGAUUUCGUGGAAGACAAAAUUUUUUGUAAGAUUUUAUCAUUAUGUAAUACACUUUAAAAAUAAAGCAAGUAUCAAUCACAACAAGCUCAAGAUAAAUGGUAUUAGGUUUAUUAGAUCUACGUCGACCGGUUUCGCCCGAACUAUUUGGGCUUCAUCAGGACCUGAGCUUGUUGCGAUCGAUACUUGCUUUGUUUUGUCCCUAUUCCUCAAUCGCCCUGCCUACCAGGUGAUAUCCAAGCAAGGGAUAUCAGGAACACCCCUACCUACACCUAGCACCACGGCGUUGGCUCUCAUCCCUGUUUACACUUUAAAAAUGUUACAGACAUAUGUAGUGGUCUGUCCAUACAUAAAGUUUUUUGUUGGGAGUCCAUUUCUCACAGUUUUCUCCACAUUAAAAACAUUUUUGGUUUAUUUAUCAUUUUCUUGAAGUUGUGGAACACUAUAGUUUUCAAUCUGGACGUUUAAACAAACGUAAUUGCUUGGCAUUUGAUCGUUGUUUUGAAAAAAAUUCACUGCUCCUUGUCACUUGCCUGUCAGUGUUUGACAGAUGUUUUAUCAAACACCAACUUUUUGUAUCACAGGGAUUUGGCAAGAAUUCUCAACUCAUGGUUUAUAUAAAGGAUUGUAUUAUGUUGGCUUUAGUUAUAUAUCCCAUAGGUUGGAUAUUUGUGCCAAGUCCCUGUGAUCUGUUCAUCCAUUUGUCAGUCAAUCAUUGGUUAGAGAUUUUGAACAAAUUACAUCAUAAUGUACAUUUUACAUGCUGUAUUUAUAACCAUGGGCAUGGUUACUAUACACAGUUGAGAGAGAUGAAAGUGUUGGAGAACAAUUCAAGUUUUAAGUUGUUGUUUUAAUAUUUUUACAGUAUAAAUUUUAAUGGCAAUGUUGUUUUAGGUACAAAAAGUAUCUAAGAAGAGAAAUAUUCAUACAACUAAAUCUCUGUAUAAAAAUUGCACUCAACAGAGAUAAAUACCAUGGGCAUGAUGUGGUGUCCUCUGUUCUGGCUGAGGUCAUCUCUCAAGGCUGUGAUAUAAUUUGUCUCCUUGACACCAUCUUAGGACCAGCGCUGGUCCUAGUCCGACACUGAUGAUGUGAUGAGUGUUUAGGCGGUCCCAUAUGUAGACCUAACACGACAACAGUCUGUGUACUGUCCUGACAUUGGAGUGGUUAUGUUGGACCUAACAGACCAAUCUGUGUACUGUCCUGACAUUGGAGUGGUUAUGUUGGACCUAACAGACCAAUCUGUGUACUGUCCUGACAUUGGAGUGGUUAUGUAGGACCUAACAGGACAACAAUCUGUGUACUGUCCUGACAUUGGAGUGGUUAUGUUGGACCUAACAGACCAAUCUGUGUACUGUCCUGACAUUGGAGUGGUUAUGUUGGUCCUAACAGGACAACAAUCUGUGUACUGUCCUGACAUUGGAGUGGUUAUGUUGGUCCUAACACGACAACAAUCUGUGUACUGUCCUGACAUUGGAGUGGUUAUGUUGGACCUAACAGACCAAUCUGUGUACUGUCCUGACAUUGGAGUGGUUAUGUUGGACCUAACAGACCAAUCUGUGUACUGUCCUGACAUUGGAGUGGUUAUGUUGGACCUAACAGACCAGUCUGUGUACUGUCCUGACAUUGGAGUGGUUAUGUUGGACCAAACACGACAACAAUCUGUGUACUGUCCUGACAUUGGAGUGGUUAUGUUGGACCUAACAGACCAAUCUGUGUACUGUCCUGACAUUGGAGUGGUUAUGUUGGUCCUAACACAACAACAAUCUGUGUACUGUCCUGACAUUGGAGUGUUGUUGACACCUCUCCUACAUAGGAUGGUGGACAAUCCAUUCAUUUAAUGUGAUAUCAGAUUUGUCCAUGGUUAUAGAGUGACCUAUUGUGAUAUUAUUCAAUUUGAUAUUAAAGAUAAAAUGUUUCUGUGAAGGUGUAGAUGUACACUUUGAAGAGGUGCUUAUCUAAAACACAAACUGCGAUUGAAAACUUUUAUUUUAUUGCUUUCAAAAAAGUCUGUUUCUUAUAUCAAGCUAAAACAAGUUUAUCAAAGUGCCAAUACUAUAUGUUUUAAACUCUUGUUAUUAAUGAUUGUUAUCAAAUAAUUUAAUUAAAAUUACUAUUUUAUCAUA